UACGCUGCAACAUGAACCAUAAACUGAACCAGGAAACUUAGGAAAGUGGCAGCAGUCACGUCGCUCAGUGUGAAGUGUUAUGUGCUGAGGUCAAAGACACUGCUGCCAGGUCCUGGGAUUAAUACAGUGACUCAGUAUUUGAAUGAAUGUGGAUCAUGAGCGAGCAGAAGGGAUUCCCCCGAACUAUUUCCACUUAUUGCUGACACGGAAUGACUUGCUGUGAUUGACGGCCAAACCAUGGAGAUCCAACAGAGGUUUUCUUCGUGCUGGGAGAGUUUUGUGACAUGUUUAAAAAAACCGAACCAAUCUGAAGGGAACACCAGGCCUGAGGAGAAACCUCACACGGUUGUUGUAAAUAUCGGUGCUGAUCACAUUGAUUCUAAACCAUGUUCACCGCCGGUCCCAGCGGGGGAUUAUUACAUCGCCCAGUAUGAUUACUCCGCUCGUACUGAGGAGGACCUGAGCUUCAAUGCCGGGGAUACUUUAGAGGCUCUGGAUAAAAGUGCUGGUGAAUGGUGGUUUGCGAAAGCCAUCAACGGGGUCUCGGCCCCCAAACAGGGAUACAUCCCGGCUAAUUAUGUGGCUCCCGUGGAGAGUAUUGAUGCAGAACCAUGGUAUUUUCCCAACACCAAGAGGCUGGAUGCAGAGAAGAUGCUGUUGGCAGGAGGGAACCAUCAUGGUGCCUUCCUCAUCAGAAACUGUGAAAGUCAGAAAGGGGAGCGCUCCCUCUCAGUGCUGGACAGUGGGAAGGUGAAGCAUUACAAGCUGAGAAAACUGGAGAACGGUCACUACUUUGUGUCGAAGAGCCGAUCCUUUGCAACACUGCAGGAGUUAGUGGAACAUUACUCCAAGCAGCCCGAUGGCCUCUGUGUGCGUCUGGGUGAGCCUUGCAAAAAGAUGGAGGCUCCACAGACUCACGGCCUGUCCUAUAACACGGUGGACCAAUGGGAGAUUGACCGCAACUCCAUCAAGUUGCUGAAGAAGCUUGGAGCCGGUCAGUUUGGAGAAGUGUUUGAAGGCCUGUGGAACGAAACCACCGCAGUCGCAGUGAAGACCCUCAAACCAGAUGCCAUGGAUGCAGAGGACUUCCUGAGAGAGGCUCAGAUCAUGAAGAGGCUGCGGCAUGCCAAGCUGAUCCAGCUGUACGCUGUGUGUACCAUGGAGCAGCCCAUCUACAUCAUCACAGAGCUGAUGAAGAACGGCAGCCUGCUGGAGUACCUCCAACAGGAUAAGGGCACCACGCUGGGGACCUCUGACCAGAUUGAGAUGGCUGCCCAGGUGGCAGCAGGCAUGGCUUUCCUGGAGUUACAAAACUACAUCCACAGAGACCUGGCAGCCAGGAACGUGCUGGUGGGCGAGAACAACAUCUGCAAGGUGGCUGACUUUGGCCUCGCCAGGGUCUUCAUGAAAGAGAAUGAAAAUGUGUAUGAAGCCAGAGAAGGAACUAAAUUCCCUGUGAAGUGGACCGCUCCAGAAGCCAUCCACGACAACAAGUUCAGCAUCAAAUCGGACGUUUGGUCCUUCGGAAUUUUGCUGUAUGAGAUCAUGACGUUUGGACAGAUGCCUUACCCUAACAUGACCAACUACCAGGUGGUCCAAAGGCUUCCCCAGGGCUACAGAAUGCCGUGCCCCCCCAACUGCCCCAAAGUCAUGUAUGACAUGAUGACAGACUGCUGGAAGGAGAACGAGCAGGACCGGCCCACAUUCGAGACCCUGCAGUGGAAGCUGGAGGACUUCUUUGACCUGGAUGUCACCUCCUACGACGACGCCGGCCGUUACUAGCAGACGACCAGACUGUGACACUUGGCAAGAAAGAGACAAAAAAAAUUAACCAUUCUUUCAUCACUAAACCGAAAUCACCUGAAUCCAAACAUACAUCGAUGUUUUAACCGAUUCAAAUGUAAUUUAAAAUGUAAAACUUUCAGACAGGCUGCUGGAUGCAUCUCUUUUAAAGCACACUUGAUUGGAAGAGAUAGAAAGCUGCUUUCUGUCCAGCUCGACCAACUGGUUCUUCUUGCACUCAACAAUGUGUGCCAUACAUUCUUUCCACUGGCUACCUGCCAAGCUGCCGCAAGGUACCUGAGAGGAGUCAUGAGUCAUGUCACUUACAAGCUCUGUCCGUUUGGCUUGUAUCUCCAACUCCGCCUAUUCCUAAAUGUAUAUGUAGCGACCAGAAGUGUGUGAUUCAAAGGAGGGAGACUGUCUGGGGCCACUAAAUAAAAGAAUAAUAAGUAUCUCCUUAUUAACACACUGCUUGCAUAAAAAUGACUUAAUUCUAAAGGUCCACGCCCUCCAUGGCAUAAUGAAGUAGUUGCUCUUCAGUUACUAAAGAGCUAAAUAUCAAAGGGACAUGGUCUAGUCUGUAUGGUGCUCUGGUGUCUUGAAGGGAAAACAAACAAAUAAAUAAUAUAAUACGCCUCAAUCAUCCAGCGUCUUCGUGGUAGCUCCACUCACUGCACCUACAAAUCUGCAGUGCACAUUAUGUGUUAGUCUUACAGAACUUUCAGUGUAAUGGCUCAAUGACUGAACAAUGUGACACUGGAAUGGAGUCCUCCUUUUGAAUGAGUUGUGUUGUGUUGUUGAGACGGCACAGCUAAUCCUAUGCUAACAUGCCGAAGUGUUGGAGCCUGGUGGAUUAUCUCAUGCGCUGACAAUUCUGGAUGUCUUUAGUGUCAUGAACAAUAUAUUUUUAAUUGUACAUUAUAAUCAUGGCAGUGUUUAUAUAAUCUUCUGUUUUAACAUAAUUAAAUGACUUCUAUUUACUAAGA